CAGUCUUGUUGCCUGCUGUUUGGUGCGUAUCAAUACUCGAUUUGAACAAUUAGAGGCAUAAAAACUACAUCGACUAAACUCAUCAUUACAAGAUUGGGUUUUUUCGUAUUAUAAGUUUGGAAUUCUUGAGAACUUUUGAAAGUUUUGAAGAGAUUUAAAGCAUUUGGUAGAUUUAAUUCAUGGUUGGGUCAACAUCAUAUCGCCGGUGACGGGAGGAAUUCACCGAAUUAAUCUGUAUUUUGGAUGGUGGGCCCUGGCUAGCUAAGAAUAAGAGUAAUUGUGCAUCCAAAACUGGUUUCAAGCUAUGUUUUGUAGGCUUUCGUUUCUAGUUAAGUGCUAUUGCUGCAUAUAUAGCAAACUGGCCGGAAGACAAAACCCCUAAAUCUGUAGAAACUACGCAAAUAUGGUGUUAGCAAGCAAUCAGUAGUUUUUGGUGUGAUCUGUAUAUGCAAAUUUUCAGCUACGGAUGGGAUGAUGAGACGAGAAGUAGAAGAUGUUGCGGAGUUGAUGCAUCGCAUACAAUCACGAUUGCCAGUAGAAGAAGCAGCCCGCACGUGCGUGUUGUCCAAGUCAUGGCUACACGCUUGGUCAACCAUCCCUACCCUCAGGUUUCGUGUUUGCAAUGAACAAAAAGGAAGCAUGAAGUUGAUGGACGUGGAACACACUCUUAUAAGGUAUCUCCGUGACAACAUACCAAUCGAAAGAUUUGACCUUAAGAUUGACAUUGAGAACCAGGAGUUGGUUUCUCAUGCUGCAAAAUGGAUACAGUCCGUGGCAACCAAAACUUCUCUUAAAGAGAUUUCCCUCUCAAUAUUCCCUUCCGGUGUGUGUGCCUUGUUUACAUUGCCAAAUGAGAUACUCUUGGGUGAGAACCUAACUAAGCUAAGAAUUUUAGCUUCGCGAGGGAUCCGAUCCGUUUGUAUGACGACUAGCCAUCUUCCUGUGAUCAAGUGUGUGUCCCUAAGAGAACUGCACUUGAAUUGUGUAUGCAUAAGUGAAGAGGCACUCAAUAACAUAUUGUCGUCUUGUAGCUUUCUUGUGACUAUAGAGCUUUCAAAAAUAUACUCUGAUUCUUGCAAGGGGUUCAAGACGAUCAAGGUUAUAAACCUUCCUCGUCUUUACAAAUUACGCAUAGGUUUAGAUGGUUGGCAAUCUACUUCUUUGGAAAUUCGUGAUGUCCCAAAUCUUGGUGUGUUUAGCUACCAACUAUUUCAUAAAGUAGGAUUUCCGGACCCGAACUCUCUUCCAUUCAACUCAAACGCACAUUCGAUUUCAUUAGGAAGCAACGUGACACAAUUAAUGUUAGGUGGUGUAAUAGCGGGCAACGCAGGUCUGAACAUGAUCAAAUCAGGAUUUCAUUUUCUCGAGAGUUUGACGCUUCAUCUGACGUCUUGGAUGUUGGGAAGCUUCCAUUUCACAUGUGCUUCAAUCAAGAGAUUGUCCUUGCAGUCGUGCCCAGAAAGCCUUAUCGAUGUACAAGUGCAUGCUCCAAAAUUACUUUUUUUCGACUUCGGUGGCGACAUGCUGCCUAGUCUCUUGUUUCCGGACUCAUCUCUCAGGCAUAUUGAGCUUUCACUCGCUCUCCACCUUCCUGUUGAUGCUGACUUUUUUCUUAAGAUGAGGGAAGCACUCACUUUAUCACGCAACUGUGACCUUCGUAUAAUAACUAAGAACAACUCUAAGUUGCCAUUCGACAUUGACAUCGAGGAUCUAAGAAGAAGGCUCCUCUUUCCUCCUGCUACGAACGUGAAAGAACUCGAGUUUGAAACGGAUGAGGAUGAAUGCAUGUGGGAACGAUCCACGUUUUUUGAUGCAUUCUUUGAGAUUUGCCAUCCCAAGCUCGUAUAUGCAAAGCCAGACAUGGCGUAUAGAGACAAUAAUCACUUUUGCAGGCUGAUGAUGAGGGAGGUCUUGGAGACGACAACAGGAAGUGCAUUUUGGCAUCGUCACCUGAAACGUGUUCAAAUAAGACGCCACAAAAAAUGGAAAACCCUAACAAAUUCCGAGAGAAGCUUUCUAGACAGGGACAUGUAUUUCAAACUAAAGUGGCGUGAACUAUCGUCUCUAUUUGGGUUAGGGGUCGUUUAAUAGUUGCUAACUGGGUUAGAAGUUCCGAAUAAGUUAAUCUAUUAAGUUAACUUCUGAAUGAAACUUCUUGUUUAAUUUUGCAUUUAACUGACUAUGCAAUAAUGCAAACCAAAUAUAUUACCCUCAAAAAAUAUUCUUUAUAAUAAUUCAUUGGGUUAAUGGAUCACGUAAAACACAAAUGAAAAAGAUCAUUCUCUCAAAAAACCCUUCCACACUCUCAUCUCUAAAACCCUCUCAUUUCUUGACACACACAUCAAAACAUAAAAUUUGAUUCAACUAGAACCAAACAUACACAUAAUAUUUGUGUACCCAAAAUAACCCUUCUCAUCAAAAUGCCAUUAAAAAAAAAAACAAAUCAACAACAUCCCAAUUAACUUCUAGACAUUUCAUAUUGCAGUUGGAAUUGUUUACAAAAACCAACUAUAACGUCA